AUGGCCUCAAAGCGGACCGCGACGAUGUUCGCUGUGGUGGCCAUCGCCGUUAUAGUCAUCGCCGCAGCGACGACGGUCGUGGCGGUCUCGGACGGGUCGGGCCCCAGGAGCUACCUAACUUCGUGGGGCGGGCCAGGGUGCACGUCGUCGGGGAAGAAGGGGCACAUCGCGAGCGCGGGGUCGUGCGGCUGCAACCACAUCCGGUUCCACGGCGGCCACGAGUUCAACUUCCGCGGCGAGACGGCCACGCUCUACACCGAGCCCGGGUGCGCCGGCACGCCGUACCAGGUUUUCGAGGACACCCAGGCGUGCGGCGACUUUGGGUGGCGCAGUAUCCACAUCGACUGCUGA